AUGAGGGACAUCGGACUUGUCUUUCAGCUUCUACUAGGAAUUGCGUUGUGUUCGGCUUACAACUUAGAUACUCUAAAUAUUGUGCUAAAGUCAAUCGAGUACCUGAUCAGCGUGAAACCGGGCGCGUUCAGCUGUGUUUUCUACGAUGUUGCCCCACAUUAUCCCCAUGACAACAUCUUGGACGCCAUUUUGAAAUCACCCCGAUUGGACCACGUGGCCAAGUACGUGGUCAAUGGAUCUGAACGUACUAACGUGUAUAAGCUGCCCUGGAAUCCUUCCCUGCUGUUGUUACACACGGGAAACAACGUUAGCCAUUUAGAGUCGUUCGAUGUCAUCGUUGACAUGUUUUACUUUAUGUAUCUGUUUGAUCCAGCCACCAAGAUGCUAGUAUUCGUCGAUGAACUUUAUACCCCAGCGAUGAUCCAGAUGCAGGGACACGUGUAUUACGCCAGUUUCAAUUACUUCGUUUACAUUGGUGAUACCUCAAAGGAUGUCUAUCAGUGCAACGGGGUUUACUGCUGGAACCGACCCAGGGAGCAGCAUCCGAUGUAUCUGUUUUCGUACUGUCGCCGAAGUAUGCAGGGACGUAACAUCACUUACAUCAAGGAUGAGCGAGUACUAUCGUUCGCAUGGAAUUCAAAGUGGCUGAACGAAACGGCCCGAUACUUGAAUACGACGACUGCCGAGUAUCCUCACAAUUGUGAAGCGUCCGACGAAGCGUAUCAACAGUGCUAUCAAAAUCAUUCAGCGGGAAAUGGAGCCGAUAUUUUGCUAAUCUACAUGACCUUCGAUAGGCCAGAUGCAACGAUUCCCAGAAAUUUCCGACAAGUUUUCACUACCCACAUGGUAUUUUCCAAAAUAGCUGUACCCCGGGAUCGACCAGUGAACACCGCCGAACUGCUGGCCAUGCCUUUCAGCUGGCAAGUUUGGACGCUGCUGGUGACGAUACUCGUUCUGUCCGAAAUUGCAAAGCGACUGUUUCCAACCCUGAUUGAAAACGAUCCGGUGCUGCUUGUGGUGUGCGGCUACGAAAAGCACGAUCUUCACCGAGCAGGUCGUCCCGAAAAGAUCAUUCUACUUUCGUUGAUCAUCUUGAUGUUCUUCAUGUCAAACGCCUUCGAGACCAAGAUCGUCUCGCUGAUGGUCAGCAAACCUUCGAUUCAACGGGUUCAAACACUGGAUGACCUCUACCAGUCCGGAAUCAAGCUGUACGAAGAUUUGGAGCAUAACCCACAGUUUGUCGUGGACUCGGUCCUCAAGAGGUUUGUAGCGCAAGGAACGCGAACAGAGUUUCACGAAACACGUCCUGACGCCGCCGUUUAUUGGAACAGCGACUACGUCGAUGUGUUCAAGGACGUGGCUUUCGAUUACGAGCGCAUGCAGCCGUUCUAUGUGGUGCUUGAUUUCGAACAUUUCAGUGGGUUUGAGCUGUACUGGGUUUCUCCGCGGAAUCAGCUGGUGAAAGAACUUCGCUUCAUUCACAUCACGCUGACUGAAACUGGCUUCAUGGGCUUAUGGAAGCAGCAAUGGCGCGAUGAGAUUCGGUCGAAGUACAUUGGGAGGAGACCCAGGGUGGAUAUCAACGAGAAGGCGGAUCUCAACUUUGACGACAUGCAACCGGCCUGGUUGGCUUUGGGAGUUGGACUGUGCGUCAGCUUGGUUGGGUUUGUAGGGGAGCACUUGGCGAAACGGUUCAACGCAAGAGUACUCAAGCUGGAACGUUAA